CUGAGCUCUCCAAGCUGAAGGUGGGUGACGUCAUACAGCUGCAGAGGCGCGGCUUCUUCCGCGUGGACGCCGCGCCGGCGCCGCCCUCCGCGCACACGCAGCGCGCCGCGCCGCUCGUGCUGAUGCACGUGCCCGACGGACACACCAAGAUGCCCGGACAGCCUAAACCAGUGCAAUCAAUGCAAGCCAAGCAGCCCGCCGCAAACGACUCUGCCAAGUUGAGUGAUGAGGUCGCCAAGCAGGGUGACCUGGUGAGGUCACUGAAGGCUGCCAAGGCUGAUAAGUCCAAGGUUGACGCGGCUGUCAAGACGCUGCUUGACCUUAAGGCCAAGUACAAAGCUGCUACUGGUCAGGACUGGAAGCCGGGCACCGCUCCUGCCGCGGCCCCUGCUGCAUCUGGUGACUCCUACAAGUUGAGUGACGAAGUUGCCAAACAGGGCGACCUUGUGCGUUCUCUCAAGGCCGCCAAGGCUGAUAAAGCCAAGGUUGAUGAGGCGGUCAAGACCCUGCUUGACCUUAAGGCCAAGUACAAAGCUGCAACUGGACAGGAAUGGAUGCCUGGCGCACCCGCUCAGCCCGCUCUUGCUGUUCCUGCACCCGCCCCGGCAGCAUCAGGCGACGCGGCCAAGUUAAGCGACGACGUUGCCAAACAGGGCGACCUUGUACGCUCUCUUAAAGCCGCCAAGGCUGACAAGGCCAAGGUUGAUGAGGCGGUUAAAACCCUGCUUGACCUUAAGGCCAAGUACAAGGCAGCUACUGGUCAGGAAUGGAAGCCAGGCGCGGCCCCAGCGCCAGCGGUCACACCAUCGAACGGUGCUACAUUGAGUGAUGACGUCACCAAGCAGGGUGACCUUGUGCGUACGCUGAAGGCCGCCAAGGCCGAGAAGGCCAAGGUUGACGAGGCUGUCAAGAAGUUGCUUGACCUUAAGGCCAAGUACAAGGCUGCUACUGGACAGGACUGGAAGCCCGGAGCAGCCCCCGCCCCAGUAAAGACCGAAGCCUCAGCCCAAGGGUCAGGGUCUGAAGUAGCCACCGUGCUGCAGCAGAUAUCCACGCAGGGAGACAAGAUACGCAAGCUCAAGGCAGAUAAAGCUGAGAAGACCGUCAUAGACACUGAGGUGAAAAACCUCCUGAACCUGAAGGAGCAGUACAAGUCCAUAACCGGCACCGCGUGGGCGCCUAACGCUGCCCCGCCUGCCGCAUCCCCCGCAUCCAAAACUGAGGAAAGUGCCACAAUGAAUGGGGAUGAGAAAGCCGCCGCACUCGCGGCUGAAGUCGGUAAACAGGGCGACCUUGUACGGGACCUCAAAACUAAGAAGGCUGAUAAGGCCGCUAUAGACGCAGAAGUGAAGAAACUUCUAGAACUAAAAGCCAAGUACCAGGCCGAGACGGGAAUGGCGUACGUCGCUCCCGCUGCGCCGCGCGAACCUAAGCCUAAAGACAAGAAGGAAAAUAAACCUAAGGAGAAGAAAGACAAGCCUAAAGAACAGUCACCAAAGCCCGCCAAGGAGGAAUCAGCGAGUGGCGUGAAAAAAGUGACUCGCUUAGGACUUGAGGCCAGCAAGGAUACAGACCUGUCCGAAUGGUACUCGCAGGUCAUCACCAAAUCGGAAAUGAUAGAGUACUACGACAUAUCUGGCUGCUACAUCUUCCGGCCGUGGUCGUACAGCAUCUGGGAGGUGAUACGCGAGUUCCUCUCCACCAACUUCAAGAGGCUCGGCGUCAAGGACUGCUAUUUCCCCAUCUUCGUCUCCAAGGCGGCCCUCGAGCGCGAGAAGACCCACAUAGCCGACUUCGCCCCAGAAGUCGCAUGGGUGACCCACUCGGGGUCAUCAGAACUGGCCGAGCACAUCGCUGUCCGUCCUACAUCGGAGACGGUCAUGUACCCAGCGUACGCCAAGUGGCUUCAGACUUACAGAGACUUGCCUAUCAAGCUUAACCAGUGGAACAAUGUUGUGCGUUGGGAGUUCAAGCAGCCGCAGCCGUUCCUGCGUACCCGCGAGUUCCUGUGGCAGGAGGGGCACACCGCGUACCGCACCGCUGAGGAGGCGGGCGAGGAAGUGCUUCAAAUACUCGAUCUGUACGCGCGCGUGUACGAGGAGUAUCUCGCCAUCCCUGUCAUCAAGGGGCGGAAGACAGAGAAGGAGAAGUUCGCGGGUGGAGACUACACCACCACGGUAGAGGCUUAUGUGCCGGCUAGCGGCCGUGGAAUUCAGGGCGCGACAAGUCACCACCUGGGCCAGAACUUCUCAAAAAUGUUCGAGAUCGUAUAUGACGACCCGGACACACAGGAGAAGAAAUACGUGUUCCAGAACUCGUGGGGUCUCACCACCAGGACUAUUGGUGUAAUGAUCCUGGUCCACGGCGACGACCGCGGUCUAGUGCUGCCUCCCCGCGUAGCCGACAUCCAAGUAAUCGUGGUGCCUUGUGGCAUCACAGCCAGCACCAGCAACGAGGAUCGUCAGAGGCUGAUGGACGAGUGCAGCAAACUGGUUGUAGAGCUGGUGGCCGCCGGCAUCAAGUCUGAGGGCGAUUUCAGGGAUAACUAUUCGCCUGGAUGGAAGUUCAACCAUUGGGAGCUGAAGGGUGUUCCAGUCCGCGUGGAGCUAGGGCCCAAAGACCUGGCCAAGGGCGAGCUGGUAGCGGUCCGAAGACUCACGGGAGAGAAACUCACGUUCAAACGGGCCACGGCUCCUAAGGAGCUGACGGAUCUGCUUGAGAGGACGCACCAUGAGAUGUUGGCCAAGGCGACUAAAGAGCGCGAUGAGCGGCUAUCGUCGGUGACCAAGUGGGAAGACUUCACGGCGGCGCUCGAGAGAAAGCAUAUCCUGCUGGCGCCCUUCUGCGGGGAAAUACCGUGCGAGGACAACAUCAAGAACGACAGCGCUAGGACGGAUGACGACUCAACAACGGACGUGAAGGCCCCCGCCAUGGGCGCCAAGUCCCUGUGUAUCCCGUUCGAGCAGCCGCGCGCGCUGACCGCCGCCGACCGCUGCAUACACCCGGCGUGCAACAACAAGCCGAAGAUGAUCACACUCUUCGGACGUAGCUACUAACCUAUUAAAAGCCUAAAACCUAUUAAGUUCAAGUUUUAUAUUCAGUAAAUAAAUUAUUGACAAUAUUA